AUGUACCUGUACCAUUGCAGAACAGUGGAGGAAAAAUGGGGGAAAAUGGGGGAAGGGUGGUUAGGAGGGAGGAAGGGGCAUCUGAGGGGAAAGGGUGUUGAUUGGGGCCCUAAGGGCCCUGUUGUCCUCAGAAGGACACAGCCAUUUCCACAGUCUCCUCCUGCACCUGAAGCGCCCAUCAUUGUGGCAAGUUCCACAGACAAAUGGGAGACUGAUCGUGACCAACUAUUGACCCAGAGCCCACAUCACAGUUCUGGGCUGUCAGGGGACAAUAUCCACAUAUCCCCUAUCAUAUUGGUAGAACCUCAGCUGUAUCAAUGA